UACAAGACAACAACUCUCACAUCACUUUUUGCGUGGAACAAGAAUUUGUCAUGAUUGUUAAAGGCUAAAGCCCGUUCUUGCAAGGGCAUACCAUUCUAUAUAAAAACUGAUCCUGGACAUCGGAUCACUCAAACGGUACUCUCGCUAAUCCCCGUAUACCCUUUCCCAAUCAUGGAAUUUAUCUAUGUGCACAAUUACUAAAUCCUCAAAGAUUUUCCAAAAUAAAAGAAACACUGCUUUCUGAGUCACUCUUGACACUCUUGACAACGAUUCAUAAACGUAGACAUGAAUCGGGCCCCGAUUCCAACGAAACCGACACAGGAAGUACUUGACAGUAGGUCCCACAACAACCUCUCUGUCCACCGGAAACUUCAACCAAUGGCCCCACAGUAUAACGCUUUUCUGAUAAUAGGAAACUUUGUCGCCUUCGUCCCACUAGUCCUCCUGGGCUGUGUGACUCCAAGAAAAAAAAUCGUUUCUUCUCAUUCUUCGGGACACUCACAGGAAGAAACACCCAGGAAAAUUCUCUCAACAGAAAAAAAAAAAAAAGAAAAAUCAGAAAAGUGAAUUCUUAACUUUGAAGGAAAUUAAAACUAAGAAAUUUGUCUCAUACCCAAUCUGUAUAUAUAAAGAACACAAUUGAAUCUCCCCCGGAAUUUGUCUUUGAUCUGUUUAUUUUCUUCUUUUCCUUUGAGUUUACAACAAUGUCCAGUACUAUCAAUUGGAAUUCAUCUUCAUUUCAGUUAUUUCUAGAAGGAUGGUUAGUUCGUCAAGAACAUUACUUAGACGAACUAACCACAACUGAUUCAAACAUUUAUGAGAAACAUGAUUCCGUUUUACGCGAUUUAAUCGAACGUGUUUUAGCUCAUUACCAGCAGUACUAUGAAGCCAAAUCAUUAUUAUCGAAACAAGAUGUUUUUAUUCUGUUUUCGCCGGUUUGGUUUAGUUCACUAGAGAAAUCGUUUCUAUGGAUUACUGGGUUUAGACCUUGUUUAGCUAUUAAAAUCGUUAAGAAUUCGGUUAACGAUUUGAGUGAAGAGCAAUUGGAGAAGAUAGAGAAAUUGAAAUUGGAGAUCAAGGAGGAAGAGAAGGAAUUCGAUGAAGAUUUGAUUAGGAUUCAAGAGAGUUUAGCUGCACCGCCUUUUUCUGAGAUUGCGAGGAGGUUUGGAAGAUUGGUUAUGAAUGGUGGUAAUGAGAGGAGGAGUAGAAACAAGGAAGAAGAAGAAGAGGAGGAGGAAGAAUUUAUGGCAAUGUUGACUUCAGAAAUGGAGACUUUGGUUGAGAGAGCUGAUUUUUUGAGAUUGAAGAUGACAUUGAAGGUAAUUGAGAUAUUGGAUUCUGUUCAGACUGUCAGGUUUUUUGUUGCAGUUGGUAAACUUCAACUUCGGAUACGAAAACUGGGAUUUCAGAGGAAUGCGCGGAGGAAUCGUUAGGACAGUUUUCUGUGCAUCUGAUCACUUGAGGGGCUGGUACCAGCUUGCCAGCUCCUGGAGGUUUUUGGUACUACCUACAGGCCUCGAGGAUUUGUCAGGUGUUUAAGGUUCAGAGCUCAGGAUUUUGGAUUACGUCUCAAAAGUUCACAACAAAAACGAAUGCUGCUAAGCAGAGAAAGUAUCUCAAAUGCAGAAGUGUUUUCAAUAAUGGCAGGUUUCUGAAAUUAGUAUUAGUAGCAUAUCAAGUAAGGUAAAUUGGGAUCAAAUCUUGUUGAUGGUGAUACAAGUUGAAUCAUCCUGCGCAAGGAACAACGGUAAGUAGGCUUUUCGCGAAGAACAAUAAUCAGUAGGCUUUAAGUGACAGCAGUUUAUGCACUCAUUGGAAGCUACUCUUUUUUCUGGUUAGUCUGUGUUUCUUUGCAGGCAUAUUGGUUGUUUUAGUGUAACCUGAAGGAUUGUCCGAGUUCGAUAGAAGAAUGAUAUGAUUUUUACUCA